AUGACGGUUGCAAAUAAGUAUAGUAGCUAUAACAUGAACGGGUUCAACUUUCACACAGCAUCAUAUGAUGAGGGUGACAAAUUAUCUGACGAGCCUUUCAUUUUAGCAUCACAAGCAGUUCAAGUGUACUAUGUUCCAGAUCCAGUUGAUACUGAGUGGGCUGCUGUUGUUCACUCUAAACCAAGAGAUGUGUUUGAAUUGGAUAAUUUGGAUAAUGAGCAUACCGAUUUUGAUAAUGGAGUAUUUGUGCCAUUAUUUGAUCUGAAUGCAAAUGUAACUGUUGAUAUUGUUAAUGGUGUUGUCCCCACUACUAGAAGAGAUAUAGAUGGUUACUUUGUUGAUCCAAAAAAAUCUAAAAAAAAUCUACAAAGAAAGAUGGCAAGUGGAAGAAGAAGGGAUAAGGAUGCCUCCCUUAACGAGUACGGGGAACAACGACUUGCAACCAUCGCAGAAAACAAAAGGCGAUUGGAAGCUCUUAAUAUCCCUACUUUGAGCAAUAUGAAUCAACAUGGUAGAACUAAAAAAAGAACUAAGAGGAUUCAUAACACUAGUGAUGUAGCAACUGAAGGUCACAAUCUGCGUGCAAGGCCACAAAAGAAUUGUGUUGAAAAUGGAAAUGAACAAAUUAAUGAAGACCUUGGUUGUGAAUCAAUUGGAGAUUUCUUAUGUGAUAAUGAAGAUUCACGCAACAUCGCAGAAAAGAAGAGGAAAGGAAGGGGUAUCACUAGAUUGGAUGAAAUAUUUGCAAGGAAGCCCAGCAUGCCUAAAAUCAAAGUAGAACUCAAUAAAUAUGGUCAGCCUAUUGGGGACAAUUGUAGAAGGUUUUCUAGUGCUCUUGGCUGCCAUGUGAGAAGGAAAUUAUCAGUUGUUUGUUCUGACUGGAGACUUGUGGAUCCUCAAAAGAAGUAUGAGGUGUGGGAAGAUAUGAAGAAAAUUUAUGAUAUCGAUGAUGCUGCCUUCAGUUGGUUUAUGGAUAGCGCCGGAAGGAAAUGGAAGGAUUUUAAGUCAACAUUAAAGCAUCAAUUUUUUGAUGAAAACAUAUCAGAUGCAGACCUAAAGGAAAGACAUAAAGGCAGAGUUAAUGAUGAUGAUUGGAAGUUUCUCAUAGAAUAUUGGAGGUCAUCUGAAUCUGAAACUCGCUCAGAAAUAGCAAAAGAAUGUCGUUCAAAGGUGGGAAAUCAUCACACUUCAGGCAGCAAGAGCUUUGCUUGUUCUGCGCAUGAACUAGCUAAUAAACUAAGGCGUUCUCCAAGAAGAGAUGAGGUCUAUAUCAAGACACAUACAAGAAAAAAUGGAGUUCCAUCAAGACAUGCAGAACCAAUUAUUAAUAAAUUGAAAGCCAUAGUUGAAGCCCAUCCAGAGUUGAAGCAAAGAACAAUUCAAGAGGGCGAUGCAUUUGCUGCUGCUUGUGGAGAAAAGGAGCCAAGAGGACGUGUUCGUGCUUUGGGUUUAGGACCAACUCCCCAAGAUGUUGGUACCCCAGGGUUGAAGUGUUACACACCCACAAGACUGCAGAUGGAAGGUUUGGCCCGUAAAAAGGCUGAAUGUGAGAAAGUAGCUCUUCAACAACGCAUAACUGAAUUGGAGCAGCAAAUGCAAGAGGAAAGGGUGGCAAGGGAAUUGCAAGAUGUGGAACUCAUUUCACAUAAUGGUUCAAAUUCACGACAGACUGGGGUAAAGUAUUUCAACAACUUAGUUACAUUCUAA